GGAGAGGUCGCUUCCUGCCUGCCCGGGAGCCCGCACGUGGGAAAGCGGCCUUUGUUUUGCUGGAGCUUGCUAAGGGCUCCCCGCUCCUCCGUCGCGGGGCAGGAGGGGAGAAGAAAAGAAAAGAAGAAAUAAAGGAAAAUCAGAGUGGACCAAGAAAUCCACUGCUUCUAGUGUCGCUAUCCAUGAAAUUGCAGUCUGAGACCAAAUUAAUAAAGGCAACAAAAAUAGCUUCACUCAAUGUGCAAAAUUCUUCAUUCAGAAAUCAAGACUUAUUUCAAAUCAGAGAAUGCAAAAUCCAGAAAAGGCAUUGGAAAAGUCAGAAUGUAUGACAAACCAUAUCUUAAAGGAAACUCUAAUCACACAGGAGAAACCACACGCUUGUUCACAGUGUGGAAAGAGCUUCAGAAGGCCGGGCAGCCUUGUACAACAUCAAAGAAGCCAUGCAGAGGAAAAACCAUAUCCAUGCUCAGAAUGUGGAAAGAGCUUCAAGCAGAGUGCAGAACUCACUUCCCAUCAAAGAAUUCACACAGGGGAGAAACCAUACACAUGCUCAGACUGUGGAAAGAGCUUCAGUCAGAGCUCAGGCCUUACUUCCCAUCAAAGAAUCCACACAGGGGAAAAACCAUAUAAAUGCCCAGAGUGUGGAAAGAACUUCACAUGCAGUGGAAAUCUUACAGCUCAUCGAAGAAUCCACUCUGGGGAAAAACCAUACCAAUGCUCAGAGUGUGGAAAGAGCUUCAGGGUUAAAUCAAGCUUAAUUUACCACCAGAGAAUCCACACAGGGAAGAAACCGUAUAAAUGCUCAGAGUGCGGAAAGAGCUUUAGUCAGAGUGCACACCUUACAGCCCAUCACAGAAUCCACACAGGGGAGAAACCAUAUACUUGCCCAGAGUGUGGGAAAAGCUUCAGUAACAGCUCUUACCUUGUUUACCAUCGAAAAAUCCAUACAGAGCAGAAACAAUAUACAUGCUCAGAAUGUGGAAAGAGCUUCCUAUUUAGUGGAAAACAUACAGCUCAUCAAAGAAUCCACACAAGGCAGAAACAAUAUAAGUGCUCAGACUGUGAAAAGAACUUCAUUGUGAUCUCAAACUUUACUAAGCAGCAAAAAAUCCAUAGAGCAGACAAACCAUAUAAAUGCACGGAGUGUGGAAAAACAUUCAGGGAGAGUGGAAAACUUGCUUUUCAUCAAGCAGUCCAUGCUGGGGAGAAACCAUAUAAAUGCUCAGAGUGUGGAAAGAGCUUUGUCUGCAGUGGAAAUCUUACAGCCCAUAAAAGAGUCCACACAGGGGAGAAACCGUAUAAAUGCUCUGAGUGUGGAAAGAGCUUUAGACAGAGUGUAGAUCUUACCUCCCAUCAAAGAAUUCACACAGGAGAGAAACCAUAUACAUGCAUAGAGUGUGGAAAGAGCUUCCGUCAGAGAUCACACCUUAUUUUCCAUCAAAGAAUUCACACAGGUGUGAAACCGUAUAAAUGUUCAGAGUGUGGAAAGAGUUUCAGGGACAGUUCUAACUUUAAAUACCAUCAAAGAACCCACACAGGAGAGAAACCAUAUAAAUGUCCAGUGUGUGGAAAGGACUUCAGGCAAAAUCGAAAGCUUGUCUCCCAUCAAAGAAUCCACACAGGGGAGAAACCAUAUAAAUGCUUAGACUGUGAAAAAAGCUUCAGGCAGAUUGCAGAUCUUACCUUACAUCGGAGAAUGCACACAGGGGAGAAACCAUAUAAAUGCUCAUCUUGUGAAAAGAGCUUCAGUCGGAAGGGCACCCUCACUUCCCAUCAAAGAAUCCACGCAGGGGACUAACCUUACAAUUGCUUAGAAUGUAGAAAGAGCUUUUGUGUGAGUUUACAACUCACUUCCCGUUACAGAAUUUCUGCAGAAGCACUGCUAUAAAUUUUCAGAAUGUGAAAUGUUCUGCAGUCAGUACCAUUAAGAUUCCAGAUUGCUGACAAACCAUUUCUUUUCUUAGAAAACAAAAGUUGAGAUGUCUAACGAGUUGCACAAGAGUGAAAAAAAAUUCCUAAUGUCUAAAAGUGUGGCAAUAUUUUCAGUAAGUUCUGAAGACUUUAUUU